UGUGGUUUAUUGACAAUUGCCAUCAAUCAAUUUUACUAAAUUCAAAAUGAAAAAAUCUUCCGGCUAUUCUCGACUCGUGUAAAAUAACUAAUCAGUUGAAAAUUUUAUUCCAAAUUCCCUUUUUUCUUAGCAAUGCAAUAGCAAGGAUUGAGGGCUCUGGUAUUUCUAAAUUAAAUCGGUGCUCAAGAAUUAAUUCGGAACCACUAACUUCUGAGCGUUUAUUUUUGUUCAGGAAAAGAAAUAAGCAGCUAUGAGUAAACCACAGCCUCCACCAGUAGCACAAUUCAAUCCAGUACCAAAGAUUAUAAACGGUGGCAUUGCUGGAAUCAUCGGAGUCUCCGUCGUGUUCCCCUUGGAUCUUGUGAAGACGCGAUUGCAAAAUCAAACUGUCGGACCAAAUGGAGAGAAACAAUAUAAGAAUAUGCUGGAUUGUUUCCGCAAGACAUAUGCGGCGGAGGGUUACUUCGGCAUGUACAGAGGAUCAGCAGUUAACAUCAUCCUUAUCACGCCGGAAAAGGCCAUAAAGCUCGCUGCCAAUGAUAUGUUCCGUUUCUACCUAACACUGCCGGAUGGAUCACUGCCAGUAUUUCGUCAAAUGAUCGCCGGUGGCAGCGCAGGCGCUUGCCAAAUUGUCAUCACAACACCUAUGGAGCUGUUAAAGAUUCAGAUGCAGGACGCUGGCAGACUCGCCGCGCAAGCUAAAGCGGAGGGUCGCAAAUUUGAACGAGUCACAGCUAUGCAAUUGACUCGUAAGCUGGUUAAGGAGCGCGGUAUUUUUGGCCUUUACAAGGGUGUCACGGCAACUGCGGCGAGAGAUGUAUCAUUCAGUAUUGUCUAUUUCCCAUUAUUUGCGACACUCAACGAUCUUGGGCCCAAAGAGCCGGGUGCCGCCGCGCCGCCAUUCUGGUGGUCCUUCGGAUCGGGUUGUGCGGCGGGGUCAACGGCCGCGCUCGGCGUUAACCCCUUUGACGUUGUAAAGACUCGAAUGCAGACUCUUACAAAGGGAAGUGGGGAAAGACAGUACAGCUCCAUCCUAGAUUGUAUCACAAAAACCCUAAAAUAUGAAGGGCCGACCGCCUUCUUUAAAGGUGGGGCGUGUCGUAUGAUUGUCAUAGCCCCGCUAUUCGGAAUUGCGCAAACCAUCUAUUAUCUAGGUCUAGCCGAGAACUACCUAGGCAUUAAAUAAAUUUAUACAAACAAGUUUUGAUAAGUUUACAGUGCAUUUAAUUUCGACCCAAUUUUCGUGAACAUUUAUUUUGCUUAUUUAAACAAUUUAUAUCUAUAAUUGAAAUUACAAAAAAUGUAAAACCU